AUGCAAAUUCCUCUAAUAAUUUCAAUAUUAUUUUUUCUGUCCUUCGAAUGUUGUUGGGCCUAUUCGCAAUGCCUUCCUGGUGGAUAUGCUGUGGCCCUAGGCUGCAACACUGCGCAGCAGUGCACGCCCUAUACUGCUGAACCUGUAGCUUGCAUUGAUGGAGCUUGCUGUGUUGAGAAUAAUGCCAUUGCAUCAAACAGCGCAAAUUCAUUGAGUUGUACUAAUGGUGGCAAAGUUUUGGCUGCUGGCUGUGUUAGGCCCGAGCAAUGCCUACCUUUCACAAGUGAGCCUGUGGCUUGCAUGCAAGGCCUUUGCUGUACGGUUCCACAAAAAUGUCCGAACGGUGGACGCGUAGUUGGUUUGCAAUGUUCUGAUUCUCAGUCGUGUAUUCCGUUAGCUAAGGGUUGUCCGGUUGUAUGCAUGAAUGAACUUUGUUGCACCAUUUGGGGAUAUUAA